CACCGCAGGGGAGCGGAUCAGGCCGAGCUCGAAGACACCCAUGUAUUAUACCCAUUUUACUGUCAUUGGAAUUUAGUGAAUUCAGUGGAGAAAUAACUAGAUCUAGUUCUUAGUAUUGAUCAUAAGGUAUUCCUCACUAAAAGUAUGAAUAUACAGACUAGUGUCGAGCUGCUCCUGAUUGGAAAAACCGGGAAUGGCAAAAGUGCGACUGGAAAUUCCAUUGCAGGAAAACGAAAGUUUGCGAGUGAGUCCAGUACAUCUUCUGUGACAAAAGAGUUCGACGCCGAUAUCACAGAACACAAGGGUCGUCAGAUUAAAGUCGUGGAUGGUCUGGCAUUUUGUGACACAAGGCUGGAUAAUGAACGGUCAGUUGAGCAGUUGAAUGAUGCAGCAAAAUUGGCUCUGGCAGCCAAUCCUGACGGCUAUCAUGCUUUUCUUCUCGUCCUGAAAUAUGGCAAUAGGUUUACACGUGAAGAACAGGAGUCGGUUGUGUUGUUAAAGAAAAUAUUCGGACAUGAUUUUGUUCGUAAAUUUUGUAUUCUAAUCUUGACAUGCGGAGAUGUUUUUCAUCAAGAUCAGGAGGAAACAGAUCCAGUAGGAUUGGACUUCUCAGAGUGGUGCCAAAAACAAGAUGGCGCCUUUAAGGAUUUGGUCGAGGAGUGUUGCAAUAGGGUGAUUUUGUUUGAUAAUAAAACCAAAGACGAGAAAAAGAAAAAAGAACAAGUUGACACAUUAGUCCAAAUGGUUGAUGAGUUGAGAUUUCGCGAUCGACGUUAUACGGAAGCUCACUAUGAAAAGGCUCAGAAAAUCAAAGAUAAUGUGGCAGCCAAACCAAAGGUGCUCACGACAAACGGCGAGACCACGGUCAAGGAAGAACGUCCAGUUGUUGACCAGCCGCAAGUCUCACAUGAGACAGUAGACGUAGUCACACUUGACAAGAUGUUGAGUCAAACCAAUACUGUCCAGGUCAUACUAGCCAAGCAGGAAGAAUUUUCUGGAGCUCUUCAAGACCUGACUCAAACCGUGAAAUCUCUACAAAAACAGGUCUCUGAUGAAAACGUUUUCGCUUGCAGAUGUAUUCAAGAAAUACUACAAAUGCGACAACAGGAAGAAGAAAUGCAACAGAUCUUCGAUAAAGAGCUGAAAUAUCAAAGAGAGGAUUAUGAAAAUCAAAUUGAGGACUUAAAACGCGAUGAGCAACAGAGGAGGGAAAUAGAACGCAAUCACCAGAAGAGAUUUGAAGAUCUGGUGCAACAGAGGCGAGACACGGAGCGCGGACGUCAAACGAUUCCCAUAGUAAUGGAACAGGCAGGACAAGCACAACAAGGAGGGGGAACGUUUGACCUCAAAAAUAUUAUUUCGGAAAGCCUGAAACAGGUACAGGAAGGACUGAAGCAGGUGGAGAAUGCACAGAUAAACUUUAGUCAGCGAAUGCCUUAAGUUCAGGUGACUUAAGUCAGCGAAUGUCUUAAGUUCAGGUGACUUUAGUCAGCGACUGUCUUAAGUUCAUGUGAGAAUUCCAGUGUUGCCUCAACCUUUUGUCAGUUAUGAGUUCUGUAAUUGAAAGUUCCGUUACUUUAUACAGGUUUUGGCACCAUAAGGCUGGUGGUGUUUAGGCGGCGGAGUUUUUCUUCUCUUAUUUUAAUUAAAAUAAAAUUACAGCACUGGCUGU